GGAGGAAGGAGAUUGUCCGAGCGCGUGACCAGUGUCCUGCGCGUGCACGACGGGUUGCGCACAGACUGUGUAGAGCGCCGAGAGAGGGCGCAGAUAUUAGUGGUGACAGAGAGCAGCGCAGAGCACAUUCGUUUAGACGAGCGGAUGCGACAAGAUGCGGACCGUCGCCUUGCUGUGCGUGUGCGCUGUCGCCCUCGGACGCGUCUCGGCUGGUUCCGACAGCGGUAAUUUUUUGGAUGAUAAGUGGCUCGUCGGAAGAUGGGAUAAAUUCAGAGAUGAGCCAGGAACAUGGAUGCCAUCCAAGCCCUUUGAUCAAGGCCUUGAUCCAACUAAAGACCCAUGUUUGAAGAUCAAAUGUGGCCGCCACAAAGUGUGUGUGUCAGAGGACUAUAAAACAGUCACUUGUGUCAGCCAGAGAAGGGUUAGCUUUAAAGAUACCAGUUUUUACCAGAGUCCCAGCUCAAAGUGCAAGCCUUGCCCCGUGGUCCACCCUUCUCCAGUUUGUGGAACCGACGGCCACACCUACUCCACCAAGUGCAAGUUAGAGUACCAAGCAUGCAUCACUGGCAAGAAGAUUGCUGUCAAGUGCCCUGGAAUGUGUCCUUGCCCCGGUCAGCCUGAAGAGAGCUCCACAGAGAGGAAAGUGUGCCGUGAGUUUGAACUCAAGGAGGUAGUGAGCCGACUGAGAGACUGGUUUAGAGUACUGCAUGACAACGGCAACCACAAGACAGACAAGAUCCAGAAGAACAAAUUUGAGGUUCGGGCAUCACCUGUCUGCAAAGAUCCUUUCGAGUGGAUGUUCUCCCGCCUGGACACGAACUUUGACCUCCAGCUGGACCAAUCAGAGAUCAAGAGCCUCUACCUGGACAGGAACGAGCCUUGCUCCGACGCCUUCUUCAGGACAUGCGAUACGCAUGCCAACAAAGUUAUUUCCAGCUCUGAGUGGUGUAGCUGUUUCCAGAGGUACACAGAUGCCCCUUGUAAAGCUGAGCUGUCAUCCAUAGGCAAGAAGCAAGUGGGAAAGAAGCUGCUCGGCCAAUAUCUACCCUCCUGCAGUGAGGACGGUUACUAUCGCUCACACCAGUGCCACAGCAGUAGCGGCCAGUGCUGGUGCGUGGAUCGCUAUGGCAACGAGCUGGCGGGCUCGCGCACCCAUGGUCCAGCUGACUGCGGUGCGAUUUUAGAAUCUUCAGGAGAUCUCAGUAGCGGAGACUCGCUGAACACUGACGACGACGAAGAUUCCUUCGCCUUCACUGACCAGGCUGGCCUGGACGAUGAGGAUGAUGAGGACGACGACGAUGAUGAAUAUCUGUCGUAAUUUUAUUGCAUACUUUUUUUCCCAGAUGCCUCCUUAUACUAACAGAUUAAGGACUAGUCUCUUUAUUCUUUCACACACAUACAUUUGGAAUUCAAAUUUCUGACUACAAAAUGCUGUUUGGUAAUGGCAUUGCUUCAAUUGCCAACAACAUCAGCCAAUCCAGCGCUUUGGAUGUGUUCACAUGUGCAAUGAGCUCCCCUCUCAUUGGGCACUCAUGUCCUCUAGUGUGUCCUGUCCUUGUACACCACUUUGUGUGUUGAUGCCUGAGGCGCGCUAUUUAAGAGAUUCCCCCCACCUCUUCUUCUUUAUCCCUUUCUCUCCUCCUUAUCCACUGUUCCUGUGUAUAGGUGGGAUGUUGCUGAUGUAGAUAAGAGAAUAUUGGACUCUUUAGGUUUCUUUAAUCUAAAUUCGUAACUUGGACUGUGUGGAAAAACAAGCUACGGGUUGAACACGCUUCUUAAUUGGAAGAGUUGAGACAAAUUUACAACAUUAAAUGUUGGGAACCUAUAUUUAAAAAACUAAAAAUCAAAUCAUCUCAAAUGGCUCAGCUCCCGAUUAGUGCUUAGAGAAUGAAAAUGAUGUAUUUUUCUAAUCCAUUGUUGGAUGAUCACAGAGGAUUUGUUGUAGCAUGUCGAAAUGCUGCGUGAUGUUGCAGCAGCCAAUUUCAAAAUAACGUGUACACAUGGAAGCACGCCUAGCAACAAAUCACAUAAAAGAUGUUUACUGAACUUAAAAAAAAAAACAUGCUUGUACAGUAGAUGUUAUGCAUUUUUAUUUUGGGGAGUCUCAUUUGAUUUGAAAAGAGAAGAAAUGUGUUGCACAGUAAAAGAACCACAGAGCCAUGCAAAGUGAGGGAAAGGUGAAGGUGUGCCUUUUUCAAGCAGGGACAGGUGACGGUCAAAGUAGGUGACAAACGCUUACAGGACUCAACCUGACUUAAUCUGAUCUGAUCGGGAAACUAUGUGAGAGGGACUUUACUGUCUUGCUUUUCUCUUACCACAGCUGCUGUUCUCCUUUUAUUUUAUUUUAUUUUAUUUUCAUGGGAUUACAAAGAUGAAGAGAAGCACACAAGCUAUAUAGGGACUGGAUUUCCAUGUUUUUAUACUGUAUAAUAAUAGGCCUACAUUAGAUAGGGAAUGACAAAAAAAGGUUGGCUUAGAAACAAGACUUAGUGUUGAUUUGCAUUUGCGCAAGCCAGCUAAAAUGAGCCAAGAUGCAGAUUUGAUUUUUAGCCUAUGUCACUGCUCUCAAUUGACAGUUUUGUAUUCCACCUGGGGUACAUUGUCCUUCAUGUCUACUGCUUCUAAUGAGAUUUUUUUUUUGACCAAGUUCAAAUGUGGGCAAAAAUGGAUAUCCCUUUCUUUAAGUAUUAAUCCUACUUGCAAACCUUAUAGGGUUUAGCCUUAGAAACUGCAGCUAUUUUCAACACUGUCAUCCUGGUUUGCAUCUAAAGCUUGUGGCCAUAAAGAUGGGUUGUUGUUUUUUUUUCUGUUUUGUUUUGUUUUUUUACUGUGUACCUAGGAAUUGCUGAAAUAAAAAUCUAUAUUGACCAAUA